AUGGCAAUGGAGGCAGAGCCGAAGCGGCCCCGCAAGGGUCCGGAUUUGAAGAUCGUGGUGGAUGAUGGAGAAUUGGAGGUGCAUUCGGUGAUUCUGGAGCUGGCGUCACCAGUCUUUGCCAGCAUGCUGAGCAGCGCUAUGAAGGAAGGUUCGGGAGAUUCUAUCAAACUCCCGGGCAAGUACAAAAGUGAACUGGAAGCCUUCUACAAGGCCUUGCAGCUCUGCACUAUGGAAGCCAUGACGCCCGCCAAUGCGAUUGUCCUUUCAAAGUGGGCUGAUGAGUAUCAAGUUGAGGCGUUAAAGCAAAAAUGUGACCAGUUCCUGGUGAAUCAACCAGUAGAUGGUGCUGCCUUACAGCAUGCAGUGAAGUACAGUCUUGAGAAGAGGAGAGUGAAUUGCAUUGCGACCAUGAAAACGAACAUCCCGAAGUAUGUGGACGAUUUGCAAGUCUUGACUUCCAGGGAAUGUCAGGAGGACUUGAAGGAACUCUGGCCGGCCAUCGCGAGGGCGGCCAAUCUUCCAGCAGAGAUUGCCCUGCCACCGGCGGAACACCAGAAAAGUGCGUGGCCAUUCCUCGCAACUGCCGUGAAGCUGCAGCUGACAGCGAGUGAACUCCGGGUGAAAGCGAACCAGCUUCAGCUGCUGGAGUCGGACCUCAAGACCUGGCCCGACAGAAUCUUCCAUCACAUGCCCGCAAGCAAUCAAGCGGACAGGAAAGCCAAGAAUUGGAUCAUCUCGAACCUAGCAGUUUAUGGCAUUCUGGCAGCUUAG